UUGGAAUUCCUCUUAUUUACCUCCCUAUGCCGUUUUCUUUUCCUUUAAUUUUUAUAUUUUCCCUCACUUGUAUCGAAUAAUACUACUACAUGGCAGGGGCUUCGAAUUCCAAGAUUGAGUUCUUGGUGUGGCUGUCGCAAGUGAUUGGAGGUCUCUGCUCGCGCUCCGCCGAGGAUGACCGAGUUUUUGUCAACGCAGAUUCUGCUGCUCAGAAUAAGCCUGGCAGCAACCACGACGCCAUUAUUUUCACCGCCGCGCCUCAGAGGAUGGAGAGGAAUCUUCCAGAACCUUCUAGAACCAACGGGAAGGCUUCUACCACUGCGGCGGAAGAGUUCUACGACGGAAUCCCGCGCUUCCCCGAGGACUCCUUGCCGAACAAGCCUAAGUCAAAGGUCUCCGAGGUGAGUUUUCGCUUGGGCAAAGCUGGUACUACUGGAAUUGCUAUUGGAUUAGAGAAAGCAGUAGAGGUUUUGGACACCCUUGGGAGCAGCAUGACAAAUUUAAAUGCAAGCAGUGGGUUUGUUUCUGGAGCUGCAAUAAAGGGGAAUGAAAUUUCUAUCUUAGCAUUUGAGGUUGCAAACACAAUUGUCAAAGGUUUUAAUCUUCUGCAAUCUCUUUCCGCAAAAAGCAUUAGGCAUUUAAAAGAAGAGGUGCUUCUUUCACAUGCCGUGCAAGAUUUAGUAUCAAAGGAUAUGGAUGAACUUCUUAGAAUUGUUGCAGCAGACAAGAGGCAGGAGUUGAAUGUUUUUUCUGAUGAGGUGAUUCGUUUUGGAAAUCGUUCAAAGAAUCCUCAGUGGCACAACCUAGACCGUUACUUUGAGAAGGUUAGCAAAGAAUUAAAUGGUCAAAGAUUGUCAAGAGACGAGGCAGAAUCAAUAAUGCAACAAUUGAUGACUUUAGUUCAGUUUACAGCUGAAUUGUACCAUGAAUUACAUGCUUUGGAUAGAUUUGAACAAGAUAUUCAGCGCAAGGGUGAGGAGGAGGAGGAUCAAAGAGGUGAUGGCCUUGCAUUCUUGAGGGCAGAAAUUAAAAGUCAAAAGAAGCAAAUUAGACAGUUAAAGAAAAAAUCACUCUGGUCUAGAAGUUUGGAGGAGGUUAUGGAGAAGCUUGUAGACAUUGUCCAUUUUUUGCAUUUGGAGAUAAGCAAUGCCUUUGGCAAUGCAGAUGACCACAAACCAUUCAUUGGACACAUGAGCAAUCGCCAAAGAUUGGGCCCUGCAGGCCUUGCUUUGCAUUAUGCAAAUAUAGUGCUUCAAAUUGAUACUCUUGUGGCUAGAUCCUCUAUACCUGCAAAUACAAAGGAUGCAUUAUAUCAAAGCUUGCCUCCUAAUAUAAAAUUAGCUCUGCGCUCCAAAUUACCAUCCCUUCGUGUUGUAGAAGAGCUAACUAUAGCAGAUAUCACAGAUGAGAUGGAGAAAACAUUACAUUGGUUGUCCCCCAUGGCCACUAACACAUCCAAAGCACAUCAUGGCUUUGGUUGGGUAGGGGAGUGGGCAAACACAGGCUCUGAGGUAAGGAAGACCGGUGUAAUGCAGAUUGAGACAUUCCACCAUGCAGACAAAGACAAAGUGGAAUAUUAUAUUCUUGAACUUCUCUUAUGGCUUCAUCGCUUGGCUAUCAGAAGUAAGGCUGUCAGUGAUGCUGGCAAAGUAAGGCCUGCCAUCAAGUCUCCUGUUGGCACUGCUUUGCAAAAUACAAAUGAGCAAAUAUCAUUGUUAACAAUUGACGAGCAAAACAUGCUGCUGGAUUUAAAUAAGAAAAUACCAAUUAGACGGAUCAGUAAAAGCUUGGAUUUUGACAGUUUGAAUAUCAGAUUCAGGGAGAACUGCAGAUUGGCCAAGAGUAGAAGUCAUUCAUCAAGUAGAAGCAAGGAGAUAUCUUUUAAUAGGAUUUUCUCUAAGCUUCCAGUCAUUGAUUUUGAUAUUGACAAAGAAAGAGCAUUGAACGUGAUUGACAGACUGGAUGUGGUCAGAUAAUUUGAAAGUUUGCCCGAUCGCCUUUGAAAUGAAUGGAAAGGAGAAAUAAUACAUGUAGACAUGGUAGUGGGUUUCCUUUCUGUGCAUAUGCAACGUUCUUGCUGCAAGCGUUGAAUGCCAUAUUUUUGCCGCACCUUUGGUACUUUGGAUUCUCAUUGGCUUCAUUAGGGUGCUUUGUUUCGGUGUAGUUCCACUUCCAGGUGAUGUAGAUAUCUUUAUAUGGCACCAAGGUAAUUGUUGAGACGAUAGGCAUUUAUGCUUGUUUCAAUGUGACUGCAAAGCCCUCUUUAGUAUUGGAGCGGAGUGGACCGGUCCAUUCUCGAGUGUAUAUAUAUAUAUUGAGGUAAUGAGGAUAUAGUGCCCACCAUCACCAUUUUGCACAGCUUUUAUUUUUGUGGGUUUGGCUACCCAUGUUCACUGCUGAAUCUAGAAUUUUUUAUUAACUAUGAUUUUUCCACGUCUCAAUUUUUACAUCUACUUUAUGCUUUUUUUUUAAUCGCAUUGUAUAUGACAUCUAUAAAAAAAUUUCCUUUCCCACUUGAGGUGUAUGCACUCAAGGGGGUGUCAACUGUCAA